GCUCUGAGAACGGAAACGGAAAUAGGCGACUGGGGCUUGAAGUGGCGCGUGGGUCUCUGGCUUCUUCGGAUUGCAGCUAUGGGUCGAGUCAAGCACCAGGAACCCGAGGAAGCGCCGGAGACCGAGGCAACAACCCCAGAACGGUCGUACCACGAACUAGUAGCAAACGUAAAUGCUAUUGCGCGGCCGCUAGCCUCUCGGAAGCUCACCCGCAAACUCUACAAGUGCAUCAAAAAAGCAUCGAAGUUUAAACAGAUCCGGCGGGGGGUGAAAGAAGUCCAGAAAUUCAUCAACAAAGGCGAAAAAGGAAUCACAGUUCUUGCAGGAGAUACAUUGCCUAUUGAUGUUUAUUGCCACAUUCCCAUCAUGUGUGAAGACAGGAGUCUUCCCUAUGUAUAUAUUCCUUCUAAAACGGAUUUGGGAGCAGCAGCAGGCUCAAAACGCCCAACCUGCGUUAUCAUGAUAAAGGCUCAUGAGGACUAUCAAGAAGCUUACAAUGAGUGCUUAGAGGAAGUGGAGGCUCUUUCACUUCCUUUGUGAAGAACAUUGAUAACAGAUGCUAUUUAGACUCCAAGAUAUAUGAUAUGGUAUACUGGAUUCUAUAGGCUUUAUGUGGUUAAAUAUCAGUUUCGUGCCAGUUUGAUACGACAGUUGGCCUGGAUUGUUGCAUUGAGGAAUAUAACAACCUACUGAGAGCCCAGGAACCAUGGCAGCCAUGCUGUAAUUUAUUUUUUUGAAGAGUUUUGGUGGCAAUUCUUGCUGGAAAUUUGUAUUAAAAUGUUGCCCGAUGUUCAGUCCUAAAAGAAUUCUAGACCAUUAGCAUAGAGGAACUGUUAAAUAAUAAAAAGUUUUGUAGAUAUAUUGGUCUUAUGCAAUUCAAUAUACUAUAGUCUUAAUAUCACAUGAUCUUACUUGCUUAUUCCAAAGCAGGAGUCCCCAUCCCCUGGUCUGUGGACCGGCACCAGUUCACAGCAUGCCAGCAACUGGUCCCACAAAAACAAGCAAAGUCCCAUCCGUGGGAUACAGGCAUUACAUGCCCUCUCUGGUCUGCGGAAAAACCUCUAUCCACAGAACCGGUCUCUGGUGCCCAAAAGGUGCUCCAAAGUACCUUCAAGUUGUGUUCUGUGUUGCUUGGGGUAGAGAACAUUUCUUGCCUCCUUUAUGCAGACAGAAAUGCUUUUGAAAAUUUAAAAAAUACAAGUCAUCUAUAGCCUUUAUUGAAGGGCAGUGUUAUUUCAGCUCUUGUUAACUAGAUCAUACUGUACUACAGAAGCAAAUAUGAAGCAUUCUCCAAAA